AUGUUGCUUGAGAGGCUCGUCAUAUUGCUCGCUGCCAUGAUUGUGGGCACCGGUGGCAAAGGAGGAAGACGAGGUGCAAAAGGGAAAAGCAAAAGCAAUUUGCAGUUCGCACAGAUCGCCGAGUUUUCGUUAAUUUCGAAUCAAUUGGCCGAUAAUCGGAGUGCCCAGAUUAUCACUGGUUCUCAUUUCAAUCAAUCUUUUCGACUAGGAUAUAAACAAGUGUUGAUUUGCAAAGCUGCAGGAGAGCCAAGACCUUCAAUUAAAUGGUACAAGGAAGGUGCCGAAAUACAUUUGAAGCCAAAUAUUCAUUUCUAUGAAAAGUUCUUGAGCGAGAAUAUCACGUGGAGCAAGUUGGAAAUUGAUCCAGCUACAAUGGGAGAUCAGGGAAUCUACACUUGUGUCGCUAACAACAAAUACGGAGUGAUGUCUAAAAAUUUCAAAGCCGAUUACCUCCUU